GGGACAGGUAAAAAAACAUUGAUACGAGUAUUUGUGGAUCAUAAGUGUGUUAUCUGUUAUUGAAGUUCCACUUUUUUGUAGAUUUUAUUUUCAAACUACAUUAACGAAAAGCCUGUAUUUUUAUGGCUUUCUCCAUGUAUUUUAGAUUUUGUUUUCAUAUUCUUAUACACGAAGAUAUAUUUUGAAUUUAGAUCAAUUUUGUUGCAAAUAAUACACAAAAGGAUUGGACGAAAGUUAUCACAACUUGUCAAUGUCCUCUCAGUAAUAUAGUAAAACUAUACGUAUGGAAAAUUAAAAAUGGGCUAAUAAUAAACAACAUAUAAUUAUUCUAUCUUAGUAUCUUAAACAGAGGAGAAAAAGAAAAGGAAGAGGGAGAGAUAUAUUGUAAGAAAGAAAAAUACUUGUAAGUGAAUAAAGAUAAUAAGAUAACGGGCUGGAAGAUGAUAUUAUGAAUAUUUAACAUGUAUAUUGAACAUUACACGUUCUUAUAUAAAUCUUUCGCUAUCAACAAUUUUGGAACAUGUUUACAGAUAGCCUCGUUUGAUUCUAAAUCUAAGGUAUUAUCACCAUACAUAAUACUUUCAUAUGUAAUAUAGUUCUAUACCACGAUAGAUAUGUAAAUAAAUACAUAAUUUUCUCUUCAGUUAAACUGUUAUGAGAACCAAACAUAACAAACUGAAUGGAUUGCAGAAUUCAAUAGAUUCUCAUCUCAUACUGCAGGAUUGGAAAAAAAAGCAACACGAACAAACAUUUGCCGGAUGCAGCCCUUAAAGGGCACUGUAACCCCCGAGGGGGUCAUCAUAGCUAUUUCACAUUUAUUUUGCAGGUUUGGGUCGACGCCUCGACACAAAUUAUGUGGUCCUAUUCCAUAGGAAUCGGAGCGCUGACUGCUCUGGGCAGCUACAACAAAUUUCAUCAUAACUCUUACAGGGACGUUACAAUAUUUGCUCUGAUAAACUCCGGGACCAGUAUCUUCGCGGGGUUCCUGAUCUUUACCAUUCUCGGACACAUGGCGUUCCUUCAGGACACGACUGUAGAUAAAGUAGCGUCGUCUGGUCCCGGAUUGGCGUUCAUUGCCUACCCUAAAGCCGUGUCCCUCAUGCCUGCAGCUCCCGUGUGGUCAACUCUAUUCUUUAUCAUGUUGAUAUUUCUAGGAAUCGACAGCCAGUUUGUACAGAUGGAAGGGUUCAUCACUGCGAUUGUUGAUCAGUAUGCGCAUGUGCUAAGACGGGGAUACCGGAAGGAGCUGUUCAUUGCACUAGUGUGCUUUGUAUCAUUCCUUGUAGGGUUGAGCAUGGUGUCAGAGGGAGGGAUGUAUGUUUUCCAAAUAUUUGAUUAUUAUUCUGGAAAUCGGGUAAUGCUUCUCGUUGCGUUCUCGGAAUGUGCAGCAAUAGCCUGGAUUUACGGAAUCAAUCGAUUCUACGACAACGUCGAGAUGAUGUUUGGAUGGCGUAUCAGUCGGUAUAUGUGGGUAGCGUGGACGAUUCUUUCACCAACGUUUUGCGCAGUGUUUUUCCUCAUCAGUACGGUGACGUAUUCAGAACUGGAUUACAAGCGGCCGCUGACCACGUACCAUUACCCUAACUGGGCUGUGGCUAUCGGCUGGAUAAUGGCGAUGUCCUCCACUAUCUGGGUGCCAGCUCUCAUAAUUCACAAAUUCAUAAAAUAUGGAUUUUCUUUGAAGACAUUUAAGCUGAUGCUUGUCCCAGCUGGUCUCAAGGACCAUCAACUUAGACCGGAAGACAGAGGAGAAAAAUCGAUGCAUUGCUUACAGAAUGGAUUGAAUUGAAGACUUAAUUGUCCUUAAUUUCUACAGUAAUCAAAUAAACCAUUAACUGUUUGUGUAUCAUUGUAAACAAAGUGUUGAUAUUAACAGAUGAAUUUAGCAAUAUUUAAUGGAAUAUUAAAGGGUUGCCUCGAACCCCUGUUUGUUCAACAAUGCUUACGUUUCGAUCGUAGCCUAAGUAAGCCUUUUAUAGUACUUAUAAAUUAUAUUAUUCCUACGCUAAUAAGUCUGGUGCAAGAUUGGUCUUUGUGGCUAGACUCCUAUGAUUCGUAUUAUCUCCUCCGGUCAGCCCUAUUUUACAUACUCAUUAUUGUACCUGAACAUCUGAUAUCUCUCGCACAGCAUUACCUGUGACGUCUGAUGUAUAUCGUACUAUUAUAUAUACUCAUAUAACAUAUUUCUUAUUCCAUUGUGUAUCUUAUAACAAAUAAAAGAAGUUUAAUGAAUG